AUUUCUGUAAUGUAGUAACUGCUGAAUGAAAACAUUUUUUUUACGCUGAUAUCUGGUAGUGGGUAAUUUGAAUGGUCAGAUACUCAACAAAAGUCGUUCUAUAGUUUAUUUUCUGUCAAGACACUAGUAGAAAUUCACAUGACCUAGUUUUAACUCAUGUGACUUCAGUGUGAAAGAUAAGAUCAGCCGUAACUAAAGCUUUAAAAAUAGAUCAAUUAUAACAGUUCAUCAGAUGCUAUACUAUAUUUUCAUCAGACACAAAUUAUGUAACUGAAGCCACGUGGCUUUUCGAGUCUUCUUGCCAAUUUAUUUGGUCUCUAAUAGUCUGUUAUUCAAUGUAGAUAAAAGAAUAGUUACUGUGCAUAGGCUCACGUACAAUGGCUGCAAGAAAUGUUCUAACACUGUGUAAAGAAGAGCUGGUCAAUUUUAUCAACUCAUUCGAUGUUGUAUUAUCGGAUUGUGAUGGAGUUCUCUGGUUAGAAAAAGAGGCAAUUUCAGGCUCUCCGGAGGUUGUAAAGAGGCUCAAGGAAAUUGGCAAGAAAUUCUUUUAUGUAACAAACAAUAAUACCAAGACCCGGGCACAGUUUGUGGAAAAAUGUCAGGAUUUGAAAUACGAGGCGAAGCUGGACGAAGUCAUGUGCACAUCAUACUUGGCAGCAACUUACCUAAAAGAAAAGAAUUUCAGUCAGAAGGUAUACAUUGUCGGUACCAGUGGUAUAGCCGAAGAACUAGAGGCUGUCGGCAUCGACUACAUUGGACUAGGGCCAGAUCCAGUGAUUACUGACUCUGCGGAAAUGGUCAGAGAUUUCAAACCAGAUCCCACUGUUGGGGCAGUCGUUGUUGGGUUUGACGAGCAGAUUAGCUAUGCCAAAAUAUUUAAGGCAGCUACCUAUGUCCAGGAUCCAAAUGUACACUUUAUUGGAACUAAUUGCGACAACCAGAGGCCCUCCCCAAACUCUAAUAUAUCUCCAGGAUCUGGUUGUAUGCUGAGGGUAAUAGAGGCAGCAUCAAACAGAAAAGCUGUCUUGCUAGGAAAGCCUGAACCAUACAUAAGUCAGAUACUAAUAUCAAAGUAUGGCUUGGAUCCUGUAAGAACUUUAAUGAUAGGUGAUAAAGGUGACACGGACAUCUUAUUAGGAAAACGCUGUGGUUUCAAAACUUUAUUAGUUCUUUCAGGUGUUACUACUCUAAAAGAUGUUGAACGAUGGAAAAACUCUGAUAGUUCAGAGGAGCGUGAUUUAGUCCCUGAUUACUACAUUAACCAGCUAUCGGAUUUGUUACCUAUGCUAUCGACAUUCUAAAAAAAUUUACCUUUGUGCUUAAUUAUCAGUUUCACAUAAUGAUGGAAUCGAAUUUUUAUUCGUGGUUGAUUCUUCUGCAGGCAAUCAUUGAUAUGAGAGUUGAAUUAUGAUUACUCAUAUCGUGAUCUUUUAAUUGGCGAUAACACGAUUAUUUUGAUGUAUAGAUCAAUCGAGCUUGCGAAUUCGGAUUCCCUGAGCCCAAAAUACAUAAAAAUAUCCUAUGAAAUCAAAUACAAAAAAAAAUAGUUUUGAUUUUUGACCCCAAUAAAAAAAAAAAUAGCAAGGUAAGAGUUUUGCGUUUUUCGAGCCAGAAAUGAAGUAUUUUUCAGAUUGAUUAUACAAGGAAUUUUCCUACCUAUCUUGACCUCAGAGACACGAAUUCUUUGGAAAAAUUAAACUUGAACCAAAUCCUAA